AUGGAUGAUCCCAUUUCGAUUACGUACCAACGAUCCAAAUUGGCGGUUUUAUAUCAUUUGAACAAAUCAGAAGAAGAUUUAAAUGAUGCGGUUAUGUCAAUUAAAUAUUGGAUUGAAUCUCAGCCUCAUUUACCGAGAAAUACAACAGAACUUGAUCCGCAUUGGUGGGUGGCAGCUGCUAUAAACGCCCACGAAAUUAAUAUUCAAGAAAAUUUAAUGUUGAAUUACGUAUUAAUUUACGAUUUGGAAAAUUUAACGUUGGAACAUGUACUAAAGCUCACUCCUAUGUUUAUCUUAAACUGUUCAAAGAUGGCCGACAAAGGAUUAGGUCGUCCUUUCAAAGGAAUACAUUUUAUAAAUUGUCCUCCUGUAUUCCAACUAGCCUUAACUAUAAUAAGAAAUUUGUUAAGACCAGAUUUAUACGCAAUGCUCCACAUCCACUCAUCUCUUGAUAGCCUUCGAGAAACUUUUCCAAUAGAUAUUCUACCAAAAGAUUAUGGAGGCAACGAAAAAUAUGUCAACGAAUUAGAAGAAACUUGGCUAAAGAAAUAUGAUGACUACAAAGACUAUUUUGAUAACUUGGAUGUUUUGAAAGUGAAUAAACAUCUUCGUCCAAAUAUAUCUCUAAACUUAUUCGGUUUCCCACCAUUUGAUUUUAGAAAUAUGUCAUUUGAUUGA